GGUGGAUGUGCCCCGGCUGCCAUCGACCCUCAAAAUGACCAAAUUACAGUUUCUAAAUGUAUUUUUGACAGAACGGUUGAUGUUAGCCGCCCAAGAGAUAUAUAAGCAAGUGGAAGAGACAAUAUUAGAAUACCAAGAAGAAAUAAUCCAGGGAAAGAGAGAGAAUGAUCAACUGAGACGCAAGCUUGGGAUUCCAUGGCCAGGUUAGUAACGAGCCUAGUUUUGCUAACGAGGAUAAUGAGCACACAUUAUGUAGCUAGCUAUGUAUUUGAUCUGAAAUAUGCCGUUAUGAAUGUGCUUUGUUUUAGAUAACCAACUAUGAAUGUGCCAGUGGCUAGCUUGGCAGGUUAGCUAGCUAGGUUAGCUAACUAAGCUACUGUAUCUUUGUUAGCUUCAGUGCAGUCAGAGAGACAGUUAGCUAACGUUGCCUAGAAAAUCGAGAAACACUAUUUUCACGCCACGUCGAUACGGAAGUGACUUUUUCGUAGCUGGUUAGGAAAAGGGUUAGGGAAAAUGUUCUCCUAACCGGCUACGAAAAGUGUGCCUAGAAAAUAAUAGUUGUCAAUACAUUCUAUAUGUUUUGUUUCUCAAUAGCUAGCUACUCAAACUCAGAACUGUGUGAUAGCGCAAGUAAAGGUGCUUUGCUAACAACGCUACAUUUUCCCUUCUUGACUUUCAGACCGAGAGCCCUCUGCUCCUGUAGAAUCCGAGGAGCAGGGAGGCAUUGGGCAAAAGCAGGAACCAGAGCCCAGGCAGACUAUGGAGAAACAGGAGGGAAGGACCAGGAAGGAGGAAAAUCAGUUUAGAGGACCGGACUCUCAGUCUAGAUUCACUCCUUCCAAUGGAAACAAUGACUAUGAUCAGAACCCACCUCAACCCACCUCACUCAGUGAGUUCCAAACUCACACUGGGGAGAGUAGAGAGGGAGGCUCUCUAUCCAGCUCAUCAAUAUCCAAACCAAUCAAAACAGAGACUGAAGGACUGGGUGUUUGUCCUUUUGAUCCGUCAAGUGACCCAAAUGCAUUCUCUUCAGUGAACCUUGACCUUUCGGCAGCACAGAGUGAGAACAGUGUAAGUAUGAUGGGGGUAGAAGGUGAUGACAGACUACCGUCAGGGUAUAAGAGUCUACAGAUACCACUACACAUGGAACAGUCCCUUCAAAAUCACCACAACACAGCGUUGUGUUGCAAG